GAUCGAGCGAUUCAAAGAAGAUCAUUACCUACCUCACCUGGUCCAUCUCUCCUACAAGGAUUGAUGAAAAGUUCAAAAGGAUCAUUGAAGAGAGUUGUGGCAGGUACGAGUGGACCUUGUGCGAAACCUACGAUGACGAGUAUGAUAGUGACCACUAGUAGUGCACCUAAUUAUCAUGAUCAGCUCGAGAUCUCAUCUAAAGAUGAAGAGUGUAUCAAGCUUGAAAACGCUAGACCGGUGAAGUUUAGAGAAGCACUCCUUUCACGUGUUCGACAACGGUUUAAGAGAUCUAAAUCUUGGGUUAGGGGAAGUGAAGUGGAAAGUUCGAGUGCUACACCUCCUCCUACACCUGAUCAUCGUCCAAAUCCAUCAGAUGGGAUGAUUUCUAAUCACGUUUUACAAGGAGAAGUUGAGGAUGAAAAUGAAGAAGAGGAAGUAGAAGAAGUAGAAGAAGAGGUAGAAGAAGAAGUAGAAGGAGUAGAAGAACCAGAAAUGUAUCAUGAUGGAAAGAAAUGGAAUUAUUCGAUUAGAAGACCACCUUUAUUAAACUUACCAACGGAUGGAAGUGUAGGAGGAUGUAGAACGAGUAGUGGUACGGAUGAAGAAGAAGAAGAAGAAGAAGAAGAUGAUGAUAGUAGUAGUGAUGAAGAUGAAAGUGAUGGGAAUGGUGGAAUGGAUUCUACGGCUUUUACUUCUAAUCAGGCUUUACAUAUUGAGAUUGGUAGUCAUAGAGGGGGUAGAAGAAGAGGGUUUUCUAGAAGUGAAGGUGGAUAAAAGAACAAAUGAAAAAAAUGAAAAAAUGAAAAAAUGAAAGAUGAAAAAAAAAAUGAAGAAUGAAAACUUUAAAGAUGGGUUUUUUUUAAAUCAUCUUUUUUUCCUUUUUCUUUCUUUCUUUUUUUUUCUUAUUAUUAUAUUGCUUUAAUUAUUAUUUCUUUUUUUUUUUGAUUUAUAAAUUAAUCUUCUUACUUUUUUUUUCUGUUACUUUGCUUUAUAAAUUAAAUUAAAUGGAAUUUUUCUUUUUUUUCUUUGGUGGGGAGGGGGUUUAAUAAACUUUCAUUCCUUUUUCUUUGUUACUUUGUAUGUGAUCUUUUCUUUUCUUUUCAAUGAGUAUGUGGAAUUAGAUUUUAAAAUCGUAUUGUCUUUAUAUAUAUAAUAUUAGUAUUAUUUAAAAAAAUCGUUUAUAUGUGGUAUGUUAUAAUGUUUAUGUAGGGGUUUUUUGAUGUGUAUUUUUG